UCAUUUUAUGUGUAGAAGUUUUACUUUACUCUCUCCCAGCACGUGUGAUAUCAAGCAGAGCGUUGGAUCACUGCACAGUAUUGCAGGGCAACUAAUACAAUGGCUGCUUAGACUUGGCCAUAAUCUCACAACAAGCAGGAAACUACAUUCCUGGCAUCAGAUGGUUAAACCUGGAAGAAACUUGAACUCUAGCCACAACUGGGUGUUAUAGAGCCUUCUUCUGGCAGGACAACAUAAGCUUCUGGUGAGGAGGGGGUGUCUGCUGGAAUAAUAGACCUGUCCUGUCUGAUUCCCCCAGGGAAUACUUAUACAUAUGAGGAAACUUCUGUGCAUCUGAUGCCCUCUGAUAAUGAACAUGCCUGUGAUUUAUCCAGUUGGGUUAUAGAGCUGCCCAGCUAUGAUUGUCUGCCUAGCACUAUAUGUGCAAGUUCUGCUCCUGGGUGCUGCGGGACAGUCCAUACCAGAAGCAGAUCCCCCCCAGUUUGUCCCAGAUUCAGAGGGUGACCUUACAUUCCUACUAGACAGUUCAGGAAGCGUUUCCUAUUAUGAAUUUGCGAAAGUGAAAGAAUUCAUUAAAGAUCUUCUACAUCCAUUCAAAUUUGGACCACAGGAUGUACAGGCCAGUAUUGUUCAUAUCAGCACAGAACCUGUUUUGGAAUUUCCUUUCAACCAAUAUGAUUCCAGCCGACAAAUUCAAGGAGCCAUACAAAACAUAAAACAGCAAAUGGGUGACACAAAUACAGGCAAAGCGCUUGCUUAUGUUAAGGAAAACCUCACAAAAGGACAAUUUGGAUCUAGAGAAAAUCUACCAAAAGUUAUGGUUUGGGUGACAGAUGGUCUGUCUACAGAUGACAUCUCUCAGCCAAUGCAAAUGCUGAAAGACAUGGGCGUCACAGUAUUUAUUGUUAGCACAGGUCGAGGAAACUACUUGGAGCUAUCAUCAGCAGCCAGCCAGCCAUCUGAUACUCACCUACACUUUGUAGAUGUGGAUGACCUUCGCAUUAUCACCAAGGAGCUUCGGGACUCUAUCAUUGAUAUAAUCAGAGCAAGAAGGCUACAAGCUUCAGAUAUAACAACAAGCAGCUUCCGGUUGACAUGGCCCAGGAUAUUGUCAGGUGACACAGGACAUUAUAUGUUGGAGUACAGUGCAGCUCCAGCUCCAGAGAGGAAGCUACAGAAGAGCUUGUCUGGAGAUGAAACAAGUGUGGUGCUUGACAACCUAAUACCAGGCACCAUUUAUAAUGUUACGCUAUUUCCUGAAUCCAAUGUCCAGUAUGUUCAACCCCAAACUAUUCAGGUCUCCACAUUGCCUGAUGAAAUAGAAGAAAUCAGCCCAGCUCAGGUUCUCAUAUCUGAGCCCACUUCUCACGGUUUCCGAGUGAGCUGGGGUCCCACGCUAGACAGCGUCACACACUAUGAAAUACAAUAUGGGCCACUUCCCAGCAAUGAAGUCUAUACAGUCAACGUGACCAGUAACAUAAACAGCACUGUCCUGGAAAAUCUGAAGCCCAACACCACUUACUUGGUUACAGUGUCAGCCAUAUACAAAUCUGGAGGGGAAAAAGCAUUGUCAGCCAUUGCUUGCACUGAAGAAAAGGAUGUUAAAGUCUGGUAUGUGCGUCUUGAGGAUUUAAGCAGUAGCAGUUUAAAUGCUACGUGGGGCUCUGCUGAUGGUGAAAUACAAGGUUAUGUUGUGCACUGUUCACAGCAAACAGGUCCGUCUUCCGUGGUCAGUGUGUCACCCCAGACCCACAACCUGCUUUUAACAGAUUUGACCCCAGGAAGCACUAACCAGGUCUGCGUAAUGCCUAUUUAUAAGAGUGGUCCAGGAAAGACCAUGUGCAGCACCGUUCAGAUGCAAACAGCAAUUUCCAAAGAUGAGAUUUCUAAAAAGUAAAGUCAUAGUAAGAGGCACAGCUAUGUUCUAUCUGAAGAGACAUCUGAAGAUGAGAUGGCAACAAAAUAUUUUCUAGGAGAUGAAUAUCCUCUGUAUAUCUGCUAGUCUUCACUGCCAUUCGUGCAGGAAAACAGGCUGGGAAGCUCAUCCACUGAGGCACGGUUUAGGAAUGUGUUAUAUGUUCAUAAAAAGUAUUAUUGCCUGGAUCUAAAUAUGGGAUCCAUCUUGUACAUCCAAGUCUUUUUAACCACAAUACCUUGUGCUGGCAUCCUAGGAUUAUGUUACUGUUAUGUUUGCACUUCUCACAUAUAUUGCAUCUUCUUUUAGUAAAAAUAUUUUGCCUUUCCAUUACAUGAAGAGUAAAGAACCAAAGCUUCCUACUAAGAACUUGAAAUUGGACAUCAUCUAUAAACCACUUAUGCACUGGCAAGCCAUUUGUUGUUAGACAUGUCUGGAAGAAUGCAUAUUAACUUAUUGUUGUUUUUCUUCAUACAAAUGGAAUUAGUACCAAAAAUGAGGAGACUGCCUGUUACAUUAAAAUGUUCAACCCUGAA